CUAAACGAUUUUGUUUCAAUAGGGAAGGUUGCACAAGAGUUUAAAAUGUCUAUCAAAUUCACCAAGAGUGAACAAUAAUAAACAACAGUGCAUAUCUGAUAUAUGUCUACAACAAAAACUUCAAAUCAUUGAUAUCUGAUUGAAGGAAGUGAAAACUGUACACGGAAUUAUUCAGAAAAUCCAAGAGAAGAUUUUGUUUAUACAACUAUGGAAUGGACAAUAUUAACCGUUUUCUUUGCUCAGCAUCUUGGCUUGUCCACAGUGUCUGGUUCAUGCUAUUACAACUCGAAUACUUCUUCCUACGACUGUUACAGCUACGAUUACCACUACACUAUCCACUACUAUUACUACACGUACUCAUAUGGACUGAGAACUGUAGCAAUCCUUGGUGUCAUAUAUGGUUCCUUAGCUGGAUUAGCCUCGUUGGUUGGACUAACCAUCUGUCUGUGUAUAAAAUGCAGAAAAACAACAUCCAAUCAGGGUGCAUUUCUCUAUCAAAGGAUCGCAAAUGAUGAAACUGGUGUUCAGACACCAAUACAAUCUUACAAUCAGGAUAGAGUGUACUCACCUUAUCCUGUUCAUCAGCAGACUGAUGGUGAACUAGAAAUGUUCUCUACCGCUCCGCCUCCCCAACGCAAUCUGCCACCUACCAAAAAUCAAGAUUCGCCACCGAACUAGCAUUUUCCUUAUAGUGCUGCUACAUCUCCAUUCAACUAUAGUGUUUAUAAGGUUUCACUCAUAUGUAUGUCCCCGUAAUCGAAGAUGCGGGGGUAUGUCGUUUUUCCGUCUGUCUGUGUGUUUGUUCGCAAAAACUAACAUUGUCCAUUACUUUUGACUGGGUGGAGCUUUGACUUUGAUAUUUCAGAUGUGUGGCAAGACCUUUCUUUACCACCAAAUUUGACCUUGUGACCUUGGAGUUUAACCUACUUUUUAAAAACUUAAACCUUGGCCAUAAUUUUCUUGAAUUGUUAGGGCUAGGGCUUCCAUACUUCACAUAUGUAAACCUUGUGACAUUAGAUCUUACAUAAGAAACCAACAACUUAGAACCUUUGACCUUGGGGUUGAGACCUACCUUUCAAAAACUUAUUCUUGGGUAUACCUUUUGAAAAGGUGGUUCUAGGGCUUUCAUACUUCACAACUGUAUUUCUUGUGAGAACACUUUACUUUGGUAACAAAAUAUUUAAUUUGCAUUGCAGAAAAGUUUAAUCUUCGCUAUGUUGCCAUACGGGGACAUCAGUGUUUUACAAACACAUCUUGUUAUUCUCGUGAUUAUCUCCGCUGUUUAUUAUCUUGUUAUUUAUCAUGCUUUUUUCAAUAAUAUUAAAAAAAAAGUGGAGGUAAUACCUCCACAGAGGCCCUCAUAUAUAUAUUUUCACCUGGGGUGCCAGGAGCUCCCUGGAUCAGAUAGAAAGAAUUAGUACAUUUAAUAUUUGAUAUACAUAUAUUUAGAUGUACACACUUCAAUAAAAUAGAACCAUUGAAAAAAUACAGUUAUAUGUAUAGAUAAAUAACAUAAUAUUCCACAUACAUGUACUUUAUAUAAC